UGAUAACAUCCAAACGGGAAGAUCACAUACUCCGAAGACUUGGACAGAGACUCUGACACCAACAUGCUGUUGAUCCUCUUCUUGUUUGGUCUGGCUCUGGGUGCUGUGUCUGCUUCAGAUGACCAUCAAGUGAGAGUACAGCCUGGCAACUCUGUCUGGCAAAGCUUCAACGGCCGCUACUACAAAUACGUCGCCACACAAAUGACCUGGGCUGAUGCAGAGCUGAACUGUGUGUCAGAGGGAGCCAACCUGGUGUCCAUCCACAGUCUGGAGGAAGAGGACUUUGUCAAAUCCCUGACCAAAAACGUUGACCACGAGGUGAAGGCAAGAAGCUGGAUCGGACUCAGUGAUGUCCACAAAGAAGGCAGCUGGAUGUGGUCUGAUGGGUCUGCAGUGGACUUUGACAUCUGGAGUCCCGGACAGCCAGACAACGCGAGGGGAAAUGAACAUUGUGUUCACAUAAACUAUGUGAAUGAUCUGAAAUGGAAUGACAUCCCAUGUUCUAUGACUCGUACCUCUAUUUGUGCAUCUCACAUAACCAGUCCUCAGUAACUGGGAUAGUUACAUAUGUCAUGAUUCAACCUGGUCAAUGUAACCUGUUGCUCUGUUGACAUGCAUUAGACCUCCACAAUAAAGAUACAAAUGUAUACUUUU